AUGUCCGUUGCUGCAAGUCGCCAGUGGACAACAGGGGUCCACCAACAAGAUGCUCGCUCCGAUACCGCCAAUACCGGCUUGUACGUGAGCCACCUUAAAGCAAAUUCGCCCCGACCGUCCUUUAUGGCUCCACCAAACAUGUGCUUCUGCACGCCCACUAUACGCGAGCUGAUCGGCAGUCACGACAGGACUGCCAAUGACAUCAACACCUGUCAGCGAGCCGGGGAGGCUAUAACAGGGAAGGCCUUCGAUGACUUCAGCCUGAGCAGAGUCACAGGAUCCAAGACCUACCAGCCACAGGAUACUGGAAAAUGUGUCCGGCUCCUGCAAAGCUUCGGUAACGUAUGGCACAUCAUCGCCUCAAGCAUCUGCCGGCCCUGGAGUUGCGGGACGUUCGUCAUGGAUGCAGCUCAGGAGUACCUGAAGGCGCAGCUCCUGCCACAAGAG